UAAGAAACCAAAUGUUGAGUGGUGAAUGGAGAGGACGACGGUAACGGCAUCGGUAGAAACAACUUGGCCGCGACUAAAUUAAACCCAUUUUUGAAUAAUUCACAUAAAAAUUAAUUAGUUUGCAUAAAAAGCACACUUUAAAAACAAACGACAACGACGUCCCAAAUAUGACGGGUAUUAUAUCGAUAGUUACAAGACGCGUGCCGCGUAAUGUGCUGAAAGUUGCUGCUGGAGUUUCGCGGUCCCACGAAACGAACCUCAAUGUCCGUCAGUAUUCGAAAUUGGCUGCCGUGUCCGCGGCUCACCAAAAACAACUGUUGCAUCAAGAUGCCUUCCUCCUCAGUCCUGUGGACUCGCAACGUUCUUUGGCCGCCGGUAGCUGGCAAAGUUUCCACACCACUACCAGUUUGUGGCAGGAGCAGACCAUAAAGGUGCCACCUUUUGCGGAUUCCAUUGCUGAAGGUGAUAUCAAAUUCAGUUGCAAGGUCGGUGAUUCGUUUGCUGCCGACGAGGCUGUCAUGGAAAUCGAAACGGACAAGACGACGGUGGCUGUGCCCGCUCCAUUUAAUGGCACGCUUACUGAAAUUUUGGUCAAGGAUGGCGAUACGGUCAAACCGGGACAGGAGCUGUUCAAAAUUAAACCUGGUGCAGCGCCAGCUGGCAAGCCAGCAGCUGCGGCUGCUGCUCCAGCUCCGGCUGCACCAAAACCAGCACCAGCUGCUGCUGCACCUCGCCCUGCGGCGCCAGCACCGGCAGCGGCAGCGGCUAGAGCACCUCCACCACCACCACCGCCACCAGCCGCAAGGCCGCCACCUGCAGCUCCUCGCGCCGCUGCUCCACCACCACAAGCCGCAGUCAAGCCUGCAGUGGCUCAAGUGAAGGUGCCACCUGCCGACGGAACACGCCAAAUUUUGGGCACACGUUCUGAACAGCGCGUCAAGAUGAACCGUAUGCGUCAGAAGAUUGCCGCUCGCUUGAAGGAUGCCCAAAACACGUGCGCCAUGUUAACCACCUUUAACGAGAUCGAUAUGAGCCACGCAAUUAAGUUCCGUAAGGAGAAUAUGGAGGCGUUCCAGAAAAAAUAUGGCAUCAAGAUGGGCUUCAUGUCCAUCUUCUCGAAGGCUAGUGCCUACGCAUUGCAAGACCAGCCCGUCGUCAAUGCUGUCAUCGAUGGUCAGGAAAUGGUGUAUCGUGACUACGUAGAUAUCUCAGUGGCUGUUGCCACACCUCGCGGCCUUGUUGUGCCCGUCAUCCGUAAUGUGGAGAGCAUGAACUAUGCCGAUAUUGAGAUCGCCUUGGCCGGUCUGGCCGAUAAGGCGAAACGCGAUGCUAUUACUGUGGAGGACAUGGAUGGCGGCACCUUCACCAUCAGUAAUGGUGGUGUGUUUGGCUCCCUGAUGGGCACCCCCAUCAUCAAUCCACCACAAAGUGCCAUUCUCGGUAUGCAUGGCACAUUUGAGCGUCCAGUUGCGAUCAAGGGCGAGAUCAAGAUCCGCCCCAUGAUGUACGUGGCGCUGACAUACGAUCACCGAAUCAUUGAUGGACGUGAGGCCGUCUUGUUCCUGCGUAAAGUAAAGGCGGCUGUUGAGGAUCCUAGGAUCAUUGUUGCCGGCUUGUAAAAGGUGCAAUGAAUCGCGUGCUGCGACGACACUGUCUAGUUCAGUUGAUAUUAGUCAUAAAACUGUGUAAACAAAACGUCAUUGGCGGGCCCGCAAUACAUUGUUAUAAUCGGUACUUGAUUAUGUUAAUUUAUUUUCUGUUUUUCGCGUGUCACAAAACGAGUUUAAUUGAUAUUGCUAUAGCCAAGAUCACCACAACACACCCACAUAAUAACUCACAUUUUGCGUUAAGAACCGAAUUAGGGUGGAAAAUGUUGAUGUGUAGUCAACAAAAUGCAAACUCUAUUCUUGCACCAAAAAGGAAUAAAAAACAACUUAAGCUAGAAACUGCUAAAAGAAAUUAGCGUAAAAUCACUGCAACAAGUCUAGUUAACUUUGAAAACUAAAUAAAAAAAAAUAAAAUAAUAUACUUAACGAUUA